AUGGCCGACCCGAUAGACAGUGCACUGGACCUCCUGCGUCGCCUGAAUCCAAAGGACGUCAAGCAGAACGUAGACCACCUCAUAAGCCUGAACCCAGAUCUGACCGAAGACCUCCUUGAGUCGGUCGAUAUACCCCUCGCCGUGAAGAAGUGCUCGAAAACGAAGCGUGACUUUCUAUGCUGCGAUUACAAUCGAGACGGAGAUAGCUGGAGGAGUCCGUGGAGCAAUGAGUUCGAGCCUCCCGUAGACGAGGGGGAGGGUGUCACACCUAGCGACCGCAUUAGGAAAAUGGAGAUCAAGGCUAAUGAAGCCUUUGAUGUGUACAGGGAGCUGUACUUCGAAGGUGGUAUAUCAAGCGUCUAUCUAUGGGAUAUGGACGACGGUUUUGCGGGAUGUGUGCUCCUGAAGAAGUCGGUUUCACCUUCUCCCAAAAGCUCCGGCAGCUGGGACAGCAUACACGUCUUUGACGCCCAAGAUCGUGCCCGCACCGCCCACUACAAGCUUACUUCCACCGUAAUCCUGUCACUCGGCACAGAUUCGGACGCGUUAGGCGCUCUCGACCUCUCCGGCAACAUGGUGCGCCAGGUCGAGCAAGACAUGGCUGUUGAAGAUGACUCCUCCCACGUCGCCAACAUCGGCAAGAUGGUCGAAGACAUGGAACUGAAGAUGCGCAACCUACUACAAGAAGUGUACUUCGGCAAAGCAAAGGACGUCGUGGGAGAUUUAAGAAGUAUCCCGCCGUUGAGUCAGACGAACAGGGAUAGAGCCACGCAGAGAGAGAUGAUCAAUAGCAUCGGCCGGUGA